AUGCCUAUUAAAAAUAAUUAUUUACCUUAUUCAAAUUGGAAUGUUUCGAAAUUUAUAUUAAAUGAAUUUGUUGAAGAGAAUAAAGGAUAUGGAGGGAAUAUUAUUGGAAUUUUGGUUGUUUUAAUUGGAGCUUUAUGUUUUGGUUCUUUGCACGUCCCAAUCAAGAAAUAUUCAAAGGGAAAUGAUGGAAUUUUUAUUCAAUGGAUAAUGUCCUUUGGCAGCUUGAUUAUUGGAUUUAUUAUAAAUAUUUUGAUGGGAUCUCCACCCUUUCGGUUAUCAGUAACUGGUGGAGGAAUGCUUUGGCCGAUAGCAAAUUCACUUGCCUACAUUGUUAUUUUCGGUCUCGGCCUAGCCCCGGCCCUUUUAUUAUGGUCAACAACAAAUAUACUAACAGGAUGGUCUACAGGCCGAUUUGGAUUAUUUGGCCUUAAACAAAAAAUACCUGAACAUGAAUUGCUCAACAUUGUCGGUCUGAUAACAAUUAUAAUUGGAGGUAUUUGUUUUGCUUUUAUUGAGAAAAGACUUUUACAAAACAACAAAAAGCAAGUUCAUAUAUUUCCUGGUAGGAAUUGUAGUUCAAAUAUGUGCAGGUCAUUUUCUGAAAGUGAUAAAAGCAGAAAAAGGAUUAAUAAUCAAAGAUCAAAUGAGCCUUUUGAAGAAGGUAAUUAA